AUGAGUGACACAGAUUCCUCCACUUACUCGAGAGAAUUUGCUUUGCAAACAUUCAUUACCUCGGACAUAAGCUAUACUGAGAAGAUUGAUAAACUCACUGACGAAAUUAAAAAGAUCGCAACUUCCUUUCGAGGUGGCAAAAAUAUUCUACCCCUACCCCUAGGCUUGCGAAAGCAACUGAUAGACACGGUUGAAGCCUUCCGAAUUCUGGCUUUGGGAGUAUCUGAGUAUAUCCCACCUCCGGAUACCGUCGAUAAAGCAGUCAACACAUCCAGUAUUUUCGCGUGUGAACUAGCAAGUCAACAGCAACACAUCACAGCUGCACCUAAUCUAGCGCAAAAGGCAACAGACAAUCGAAAGUCCUACGCAAGUGUAACGGCGCAAAAGCCUAAACACACCUUGCUGAUCUACCCUAAAGACCCGUCCACAACAUCCAGGAAAGUGUUAAAAGAAAAAUUGACUGCUGAAUUUCCGUUACCCACAUUGGGAGUUCAAGUAGCAGCAUUAAGAUACAUCCCGCAGGAAGGACUUGCAGUGGAUUGCCAUACAAAGGAGGACAUUCACGCACUCUCGGAAAAACUGCAGACUGAAAAGGCUAAAGAAUUCUUGCAAACCAAGAUCCCAAGCACAAGGCUUCCCAGGGUUGCUAUACACAAUAUCCCAUUAAGCGUUACACAGGAGGAACUUGGACGAGUCAUCAGUUUAGAACUCCAUAUUAACAAGAAUAAUGCCAAAAUCCUGUACAGGCUCAAAGAAAGGAGUAACACAGUCAAGUGGAUUGUCGAAUGUAAUCCCGAUGCCUUCCAACAACUCAUGCGCUCCAGAAAACUACUCAUCGGCUGGCGGGCACAUCGAAUCUCAGAGUACUUCAACACUAAGAGGUGCUACCGCUGUCAAGCAUUUGGCCAUACCCAGCAGGGAUGCCAAAAUAAAAUCUAUUGUGCAUACUGCUCGGGGAAUCAUGCAAUCAAAGACUGUCAAGCCAGACGAGCCACAUGCAUCAACUGUGCAGACAGUAACUACCGCAACCGAGACAAUAAAGCUUGCGACCAUCCAGCAUAUGAUGUUGCCUGUCCAACAUACACGAGAUACGUCGAACGGAUCAAACGCAGCACUAUCUAUGAAUAG